AUGGAUCUCACAGCUUCUGGAGGUCCUUCAAUUGAGAAAGAUAGAGAUCAGGACAUCGAGUGCCUGAAAAGGCAUAACCAUCUCCAGUCCAUCGACGCACAAAGCACUUCUUUGGCCAGACAUGUACGACCUUCUCCGGAUUGUCACCGCCCGUGCAACGAGGAAAUCGAAGUGGGUUCAUUUUAUGAAAUUGACCAUACACAGCUACCACCCAGAUCGCCAAUCCAACUUAAAUCAAUUCGCGUAGUCCUGGUAACAGAGAAGACCGAGCUCAAUAUAUCAGUGAGGUUUCCAAGCAUUCUCUCUCUCCGUACGUACUUCAGCGAGGUCUCAACACAUGCAAUUGUUCGUCUUGAUGGAAAAGAAGAACCAGCACUAGAUGAACAGUUCGUCAUGGGAAUCAAACUCGCCAGAAAAGUUCUGACAAGAUCAAUUCCGUUUCUUGAGUUGGCAAAACAAAAGGCAGUGCAGAGCUUCUGGUUGUUGCCGCCUAAAGAGACGGAAACAUCCCAUUCCCUCGUCAACCAGAGAUCAAAUGAUGACGAUCCUGCGUUGAAGGGUCUAUGCUGGUCAGAGCUAAAAUGUGCUGGGUCGUUGCACUGGGGGGUGCGCAGGCGAGUGACCUUUAUCGGACGCCACAGAGAGAAGUACUUGCAUCUUUCGUUGUCGACUGAACCCAAAGAAGAGGAGCAGAAAGCAGAAACCACAACAAGGCAGACUGAAGAGGAGCAAAAUGAAGAAACCACAACAAGGGAGACUGAAGAGGAGCCCAAAGCCAUGCAAACCGAGACAAAGAGGAAAUAUAGAAAGAGAAAGAAUGAGGGUUCGAGUGGGGAUUGGAAAUCGAAAGUAGCAACGAAACGUGGUAUCAAUAACCAACGAAUGACGCAGGUGUCGAAGGACAGAUGGUCGGCUGAGAGGUACAAGCGUGGAGAGGAGAAGAUGUUGGAGAUUAUGAAAGCCAAAGGGGCAGUUUCGAGCAAGCCUAUGCUCCGACCAGAACUGAGACAGGAGGCUAGAAAGUACAUCGGGGAUACAGGGCUACUGGACCACCUCUUGAAGCAUAUGGCGGGGAAGGUGGCGCCCGGUGGGACCGAGCGGUUCCGUAGGCGACACAACGCAGACGGUGCAAUGGAGUACUGGCUGGAGAGCGCGGACCUGGUAAACAUUCGGAGGGAGGCGGGCGUCACUGAUCCUUACUGGACGCCGCCGCCUGGGUGGAAACCGGGUGACAACCCUUCUCAGGAUCCCGUCUGUGCCAGGGAGAUGAAACUGCUCAAGGAAGACAUGGCUAACAUUAAAAGAGAUGUGCAGAAGUUGUUGUCAGAGAAGCAGGAGAGUAUGGAAGCUAAUGCUACUAAGGUAAUUGAUGAAACGAACGAGACUCCACGGUCUUCUAGUAACGAUUCGAAGCUAAAUAGGACCCAAGUUAAUGUAAUUGAUGAAGCGACUGAUACACCAAGGACUUAUCGUAACAAUUCCAAGUUAGAAUCGGCUACCUUAGUUGCGGUGCAGGAAAUGUAUAAGGCAUUGAUAAAGAGGAAAGCGCAACUCGAGCAACAAUUCCACCAAAUUUCAAAUGCGCUGAACGAGAUGCAGGAGGAGAUAGGGAAGCUUACGACGACGGUGGUAACGGAAGAAUCAGCGUCAGGAGAAGCGGCAAUGACAGUGGCUGUUGCAGAGGAGAAAAAGGUUACAGAGAUGGAACAAGUAAAAAGAGGAAGAGGAGGAGGAGGAGGAGGAGGGGAACAAGAGACAACUAUAGCAAGUGCGUCUGUCUCUGUCUCUGCCACUAGAGCAGCAGCGGCAGUAAUAGCAGGAGAAGGAAAAGAAGAGAAGAUACGGAGGCUAAGGAGUGGGUUCAGGAUAUGCAAGCCACAGGGGACAUUUCUUUGGCCAAACAUGGGUGGUGGCAGCGGCAGCGGUACAGAAGCAGCAGCAGCAGCAGGGGGGAGUAACAUGUUGUUCCCUCAAUCCCAGGUGGUUGUUCAGGUGGAGGAUGUUCUCAUGGUCCCCACACCUCCUUCUGCCUCUUCUGCCACGUCAGCACCCCGCCUGUGCUCUCCUCACCCUCAUCCCCCUGCACCACCACCACUAGCACCGCCACCGUCUUACUCACAUGGGGGAGCUGCAGCUUCUCCCGUCCGGCCAUUGGCGGAGAGACGCGCCGUGACCGUUACCCUCUCGCCCGUAGUCAUGCCAGAACCCACCACUUGCCAGCAGGAGGACACCAACGUAACUAGCCUCCACCUCUAUCAAGCUGAACUAUGGUUCAAACUCUUCAAAUGGCAACGGUUCAAGUCAAUGAAUCCACAAGCAAAGAAGAAGAAAGUUCUGGCCAACUACUCUUUCUUGGUUGAUGGACUGUACGGCAACGGAAUGAGGAAGAAAAGAGAUAACUGA